AUGAUAAUGCUAAUUGAGAACGUGUUGCCGGCUGGAUAUUUUGAUCAGACAUUGAGAGCGCUGUCCGUCGACAUGAGCGUUCUUCGCGACCUAAUGCUUCGACAAAUGCCGAAGUUGUACUUUCACCUUGAACAUCUUCAGCAGACCUCCGGUAUCGUUUCUCAUCUUUACUGUCUGUCAUGUAUAUGCAACCCUAUUGAAGAUAGCGAAUACGAACCUCCGCUCAUUAACGUCUUCUCUAUGCAAUGGUUCUUAACCAUGUUCGCUACGUGCCUGCCAAUGUACCUUGUUUUUCGCUUAUGGGAUUCUUUGAUGUUGGAAGGGUCAGAGAUCCUGCUGCGAGCUGCCUUGGCUAUCUUCUCAAAAAUCAGCAGGUACAUACUGAAGGCGAACAGCGCCGACGAGUUCUAUGAAAUCAUGGGCAUUGUCUGUCAGAAACUGCAAAAGAUCGAUCAGCACCAGUGCAACUUAAUGGUGCAAUGUAUCUACAACAUGGCUGAAUUUCCAUACCCUGGGCUAGCCGAGUUGAGGGAAAGACACAUGUGGAACAUUCAGCCGUUUUCCUCGACGUUCAAACUUCUUAAGACUCAAGUAUGGGGCAUACUGAAGACGGACAUCGAUGAAAACUCUGACGAAGAAGUGAAUAAAUUUGGAUUCAUUUGUGGGCGGAAGCAUCAUUCGAACAGUCCCACUCAAAAGGAACUAGGUGCUUUACAGAAGCAGUACAAAUUGCUAAUGCAAAGACAAAAGCAGGCUGCUUUAAUCAUACACAUUCAACCGAAUGGAAUGAGGAACCAGUAUGCAACAUUUUCUAACAAACAAAUUGGGGAAAUAGCUGACAACUCCGUCAGCGAAGAGAAUCCGGCUACCAGCGGCUAUGGGUCAUUCGCGAAAGAUCCAGAUGAACCUUCGUCCGACCUAGACCCUGCGGAUCCGGAAUUUAUACGCUGCUUUCGACGAUGCUGCAGCUGUUCGAGCUUGCCGGCCUUACAACAGGGGGAUGAUUGCAAAUCUCAGUUAUACGUUGUACGAAAAUCUCGUUCUGCCAGUAGUUUCGAACGUAUACCGCGACGCGUAGCCCAGGAUCAGGCCUGUAGUGCAAAGCCAGAACUCCGGUCUCAGAGCGUCUCAUGGAAAAACCACUCGUCCUCUUCAACCUUGUCGCCGCUGACCCCGGCGAGCACGCCUCAGUUGUUCAAAGCAAGAGUAGAGACUUCGAAGGCGCUGGUUGAUUCAAUCGUCAAAUCCGCCAGUCUCAAGUCACAAAGUACAUAUUAUCCAUUUCCGGUUGUUAGGCAUUCGAAAAUUUUUGAACACGGACGCAAAUUUGGGCUCUAUGGCUAG